AGCCAAUUGCACCACGUAUCCAUCAUGAAUGCUCGAGUGCUCUUUUUGGCCGUUUUUCUGUUUUUCGCCGUCUGUUCAGCCAUAUCUGCUGUGGAUUUGGAUGUUCAACAUGCUUUAGUAGUGUACGACCCUAAGCUCAACGACUUGAACGAUACCGAAACCGUCUCAACCGAAGUGAACCAAUUGCUCAACAACUUGAACGAUAACUACAAGGUAACCUUGAAAACUUACGACGACGAAGAUAUCAAAUUAUUCUUUGAUGAUGCUCUCAGAUACGACCAUCUUGUACUCUUACCUUCUUCCAAGAAGGGAAUAGCAGCUAAAUCUGGUCUCUCCCAACACCAGUUGUUGGACUAUAUCAAUGGUAAUGGUAAUAUUUUAGUCGUAGGUGGAGUCAGCGCAGUUUUGCCAGAUGCCAUCCGAGUAUUCUUGAACGAAAUUGGCAUUUAUCCAUCACCUAAGAACUUCAAGUUGACCGACCAUUUCCACUCUACUCCUGAAGGUAAAGUUGAAUUGGACAGUACUACCAAUUUAAUCCCAAACAGAAUUGUCAAGACUUUGUCUGUGAAGGAAUACGAAGGAAGUGCAGCUUUAGUCAACAACAACGAGCAUAUUUUCCCUAUCAUCAAAGGCUCACCAACCUCCUUCACCGCCAAAAGUGCUGUAGAAGCCAUUGAACAAGAUGCUACUUGGACUUUUGGAGAACAAGGAUUUUUAGCAGUAGGAUUCCAAGCUUUGAACAAUGCCAGAUUGGCAUGGGUUGGCUCCGAAGCGCUUCUUGCUGAAGCUGGUUUGUACAAAUGGACUUUCCAACAGCAAAAUGUCUUGAAAUUACAAUUUGUAGAACACUUUAAGGAAGACACUCCUUUGGACAUUAACCCAACUUUGUACAGAAUCAAGGAUCAAAGUAUAUAUGUUAUUGGUGUUUCUGAACUUGUGGAUGGUAAGUGGGUUCCAUACGAAGUUUUGGAGGAAGAAGACCAGCUCCAGCUUGCCUUCAAGAUGUUGGAUCCUUAUCAAAGACUCAACUUAUUGCCUUUGGGAUUCGUUUCCUCUACGAAGGAAAGUGAGCAAUUGGACGCCUUUGCUUACUUUGCCAACUUCACCGUUCCAGACCACCAUGGUAUGUUCACGUUUGAGUUGGACUACAAGAGAACUGGAUUGUCGUACUUGAGCGACGCUAAAAUUGUCACUGUGAGACACUUGGCCAACGACGAGUUCAAGAGAUCGUGGGACAUCACCAAUUCUUGGUUGUAUGUAGCCAGUGCAUUCUUGGUAGCAGUUGCUUGGUUCUUGUUUGUUGUAAACUACAUUUAUGUCAGCAAGACCGAUCUCAAGAAGAAGAACAUCUAGGUUCGCGGUAUAGAAAAUAUCAGUGUAUACUAUAAACAUACAGGUUAAGAG